AUGUGUCGGUUUUUGAUAUACAAGGGCAAGGAGCCUAUAAGAUUAUCUCACCUGUUGACAAGACCGGAACAUUCAAUUAUCAACCAAUCAUUUGACAGUAGAUUGAGGCUAGAUAGAAGACGGCCAAUAAACGGUGAUGGUUUUGGAGUUGCGUAUUAUUCAGAUGGCGAAGAACUUGGCAAAGAACCGUGUCUUUUUAAGGCUAUAACCCCUGCUUGGAAUAAUCAAAACUUGGAAUCUCUAGCCGAAAAAACAAAGUCCAGCUUAGUGUUUGCACAUGUACGAGCGUCUACCUGUGGUGUUUUAUCUGCAACCAAUUGCCAUCCUUUCACUUAUCAUAAACUGACUUUCAUGCACAAUGGUGGCGUUGCCAACUUUAGCAAGAUCAAAAGACGACUACUGGCACAUAUCGAUGAUGUAUACUUUAAUUACAUUCAAGGGAGUACCGAUUCCGAAUGUUCGUUUGCACUCUUCUUAGACACGCUGGAUAAAAUGGGGCAUGAUCCAAGCCAAAUACACGGCCAUUUUGAUCAUCAAGUGUUGCGUCAAGCAUUACAGAAGACUAUUGAGUAUUUGAGAGAUUGGACCAAAGACGUCUCCGCAGAUCCAGCGUCCACCCGGGAGCCAUCGCUACUCAACUUUGCCGUCACCGAUGGAGUAUGUGUGGUGAUAUCUCGAUACAUAACGUCAAGUACAGACGAGGCUGCCUCCUUACAUUUCAGCUGUGGAUCUAACUUUGUGGAGUACUCGCCAGGAGAGUACAGAAUGGAGAGAUUGGAUAGAAAUCAGGACGUAGUUAUGGUUGCCAGCGAACCAUUAACAUUUGAACGUGGAGAUUGGACCACUGUGCCUACGAAUAGUAUCCUAACAAUCAAGAACCAGUCCGUGCUUCUGCAUCCGUUUAUUGAUGAAUAUUACCAAGAGGAUCCUACUUACUCUAGAAGUGCUACACUGGCCGAAAGUAAAGGUCUAAUUGGCGCCGUACCUGUAGCCCAUUCGGUAGCAAAAGUGCCUCCUUUGGAGCGGGAAGGUCGCACUCGGCCUUCAAGAUCUCUUCACGAUGCAUAG